AUGCCGCAUAGCCACCCCCUGCCGGCCCCCCAGGGCCGCACCGCCGCCCCCCCGCCUGUUUAUCUCUUAUGGGGGUACAAGGCGGUACGACCCGGGGAAGCCGCUCGCUGCGGGCCUGGCCCGGGGGUGUCCCCGGGAGCGGCGGAACAGGCGGCCGCCGCGCUGCUGUACGACAUGAAGGGCUGCUACUCGCGGCUGCGGGCGCUGGUACCGACGCUGCCGCGGCACCGGCGGGUCUCCAAAGUGGAGCUGCUGCAGCACGUUAUCGACUACAUCUGGGACCUGCAGCUGGCGCUGCAGCGCGGGCCCCCCCGCCCCGCCGCCGCCGGGGACCCCCCCGAGGCUCCGUGCAUGCCCGCUGCCGACCGGAUCCUCUGCCGCUGA